GCCAAUUAUAAUUCAAAUCUCAUUUUUCAAAUAUUCAUACAAUCCUCAAAAUAAAUAGCUCAUAAAUAAUGGCAACAACAACAACAUCUACCUUUUUCCUUUCAUCUUCACCAUUUUCUUCGAGAAGAAAAUCAUCAUCACGUGUUUCGAGAACGGCGACGUUGGCAAUAGGGAGAGAAGCUCAAGAUCGGAACUACUAUAACGGUCGUAUCGUAGACGAGAACUUAAUUAUCCUGCGUAAGAGAAUCCACGAGAUGAAGAUGAUCGAGAGAAAUUACGAGCCUCCGACUGAUUGGAUGGAUUGGGAAAAAAGUAUAUACACGAAUUACGAUGCGAAUAUUUGUCAUGCAUUGGGAUUGUUGCAAUCUAAAUUGAUGGAUACAAGACCUAGUUUGGUUUUGGGCAUGGCUGCACUUAUUGGACUAAGUUUGCCCACUUCAACUAUUGUUAUUUUGUUUCAUUUGAUUGAGUUAACUAAAGGGAUUUUAGGUGGAUAAUAUGUUUUUUCGAUGUCGAUUAUGUACCGAUUCGAGCUCAACGGCCAAAGUAAUGUCGGUUCUGAUCAGAUCCAGUAUUUAGGGCUUUAUGAUUUUGUUCUCAAAAGACGUCUCGACAAUCGAGUUAAUGAUCCCUACUGUCUGUUCUGAUCA